UAGUCUGGAAUAAGAACUCAGCGAAAGUGGACGACCUGAAAGCAAGAUGAGAUUCUCUUUCUUCGUCUUUUCUUUGAUUUUUGCAAAUUAUUUUAAUUAUUCAAUUUCACAAAAAUCUCCAUUUUUUAGUAGAAAUUUCUUCAGGGAAUUCUUAAGAAAAUCAAGCAAUUCCAAAUCAGAAGUUUGUGCAAAAGCUGGAUGUGUUCGUGGAAAAGUUGAAAGUGGACGAGUGAAGCCCUAUGAAGCUUUCUAUGGGAUUCCUUAUGCUGAACCUCCAGUUGGAAAGCUCAGAUUUGAAAAUCCUGUUCCCUAUGCAGGAUGGAAAGGAUACUGGGAUGCAACCUAUCCAAGGGAUGGUUGCUUGCAGAAGAAUAUCUUCAUAUACACCCUUCCAAUUUCUGGUUCAGAGGACUGUCUCUACCUCAACGUCUAUAGACCUGUGUAUAGGAAGAAAGAUGAGAAGAUGCCCGUCGUGAUUUAUUUCAGUGCCGGUUCCUGGCUAAGUUUCUCUUCGAAUCCUUCAGAAUUUGGUCCUGAAUAUCUCAUGGACAAUGGCGAAGUGAUCCUAGUUACAUUUAACUACAGACUUGGAAUGUUUGGCCUUCUCUGUUCAGGAGAUGAAGCAGUUAAGGGAAAUUUCGCGCUGAAAGAUCAACAAAUCGCCAUGAAAUGGGUUGUUGAUAAUAUUGAGUACUUCGGUGGAGACGCUAAUUCUAUAACGCUCUUGGGAUAUGCUUGUGGUGCUGCUUCAAUUCAUUUGCAUAUGAUGAAUCCGAUAUCACAGGCACUCUUCCAACGAGCUGUUCUUAUGAGUGGCUCAGCCAUUAGUCCGUGGACUUUAGUGCGUGAUUUUAAAACACAAUUCAGACAAAGUGCUCAAUAUGUUGGAUUAAAUGAUUGGGACACAGCAUCUACCUUUGAAUUAGCAUAUCAACUUAAGAAAGUCGAUGCUCUGAGUCUCCUCACGGCUGUUGAUAAUUUUUUCGUCUUUGUAGCCACACCACCAGCUCCUUUUACUCCGUGCAUAGAAGGAAACUGGGAAGGAGCAUUCCUCACAGAGGAUCCCCGAGUUCUGUGGGCUGAAGGUAGAUACUUUCCGAAACCUGUUAUCAUCGGAUCAACAACCAAUGAAGGAGUUUUGGGGGCUGUUGUGACCAGAAAUGAAACUCUUCUGCCUAUAUUGAAUGAGAACCUCUACACUUUCCUUCCGAUUCUUCUAAAUUUCCCUCCUAGGUAUAUGGCGGAAGUUCUUAAAUAUUAUUUUGGAGAUAACGACGUUAUUGAUAGUUCAAAUGAAAGACAAUUUUUCCAGGUGAUAACAGACAGGUUGUUUGUGUAUCCUCAAAACAGUUUUGUAAACCAAUUCAUAAGUACUGCUGACAUCGCAACGACUCCGAUAUAUAUUUACGAAUUUGACUUUAAGAGUCAAUACACAUAUUUAAGGACUUUCACUGGACAGGAUAUAAACUUAGGAGUAUGCCAUAUGGAUGACUUGUUCUACCUCUUUACCAUGAAAGAAUUUAUCCCUGAAUUCGACACAACUUCUCCUGAAGGAAGAAUGGUGGACGUUUUUGUCCGUACAAUGGUUAAUUUUGCAGCUAGAGGAGAGAUCAAGGACUGGAGAAGGUUCAAACCUUGUACUCCUGCUACAUCAACACCUUCCUGCGAUCGUCAACUGUUCCUGAGAUUUAAAAAAGAGGAUCCAAACCAAGUUAUGGUCUCCGUGACGAAUGAAAUUGAUACAGAAAUGAUCAAAUUGUGGUCUAGAAUUGACAAUGGCAUUAAUGCUAUCACACAGAAUUGCAAUUAAUUAUUUAAAAGAAUAUAUUCAAUGCACUGUGUAUGGUUAAAUUUACCACUAAGAAUUUUUUUUCAGUAUAAGAGAUCAUAAUUUAUAACAUUCUUUUAUGUUAUGUACUGUACAAUAUAAUGGAAUUCAGAACUUUUCAACACAAAAAGCUCAAUAAAAGAUAUAUAAAACAUUAA